UGUCGGCGGAGCAAGAUGGGUCCCGCGGCCUGUGCCCGCGCCCGCCGCGUCGCGUGGCUGCUGCUGCUGCUGCCCCUCGGCCUGGCCUGCGCCGGCGGCCCGCGCACCCUGGUGCUGCUGGACAACCUCAACCUGCGCGACUCGCACUCGCUCUUCUUCCGGAGCCUGAGAGACCGGGGCUUUGAACUCACGUUCAAGACGGCGGACGACCCCAGCCUGUCGCUCAUCAAGUAUGGAGAGUUCCUGUUCGACAACCUGGUGGUCUUCUCGCCAUCCGUGGAAGACUUUGGAGGCAACAUCAACGUGGAGACCAUCAGCGCGUUCAUCGACGGCGGAGGCAGUGUCCUGGUCGCGGCCAGCUCAGAUAUUGGGGACCCUCUGCGGGAGCUGGGCAGCGAGUGUGGCAUUGAGUUUGACGAGGAGAAGACGGCCGUCACCGACCACCACAACUAUGACGUCUCCGAUCCCGGCCAGCACACGCUCAUUGUGGCCGACACGGAGAAUCUGCUGAAGGCCCCGACGAUCGUGGGGAAGUCUACUCUGAACCCUAUCCUCUUCCGGGGAGUUGGGAUGGUGGCCGACCCCGACAACCCCUUGGUCCUGGACAUCCUGACGGGCUCCUCCACCUCUUACUCCUUCUUCCCGGAUAAACCCAUCACUCAGUACCCGCACGCCGUGGGGAAGAACACCCUCCUGAUCGCCGGUCUCCAGGCCAGGAACAACGCCCGGGUCAUCUUCAGCGGCUCCCUUGACUUCUUCAGCGAUGCCUUCUUCACCUCAUCCGUGCAGAAGGCUGCCCCCGGCUCCCAGAGGUAUCCACAGACGGGCAACUACGAGCUGGCUGUGGCACUCUCGCGCUGGGUCUUCAAGGAGGAGGGCGUCCUCCGGGUGGGACCUGUGUCCCAUCACCGGGUGGGCGAGAGAGCUCCGCCCAAUGCCUACACGGUCACCGACCUCGUGGAGUACGGCAUCGUCAUAGAGCAGCUCUCCGACGGCAGGUGGGUCCCCUUUGACGGGGAUGACAUCCAACUGGAGUUUGUCCGCAUCGACCCUUUCGUGAGAACCUUCCUGAAGAGGAAAGGAGGCAAGUACAGCGUCCAGUUCAAGCUGCCCGACGUGUAUGGCGUCUUCCAGUUUAAAGUGGACUACAACCGGCUGGGCUACACACACCUGUACUCUUCCACCCAGGUGUCGGUGAGGCCGCUGCAGCACACGCAGUACGAGCGCUUCAUCCCGUCCGCCUAUCCCUACUAUGCCAGCGCCUUCUCCAUGAUGCUGGGGCUCUUUGUCUUCAGCGUGCUCUUCCUGCACAUGAAGGAGAAGGAGAAGUCCGACUGAGCUCUGAGCCCGGGACCCAAGUCAUGGGCUGGUCGGCACAGCCUUACCUCAGUGAGACGUGGCGUUGAGUACCGGGGUGGGGCAGGGGGUCAUUUUUAUGAAUGUUUGGGCGCCUUGAAUGCCAAGUGGUGUUUCUCAUGUGCGGUCAGCUCCUUCCUUAAAUAAAGAGAAGCGUGGCCCUCA